AAUGGUCAGCCAAUCAAUAGUGAUUAACUCCGAUUACAUAGCGAAGAAAGCUCUCAAAUCGUCGCCGCCUAUUUCGAAUCCACCCUCACCCGGCAUUCCGCCCACCAAUGGUUCACUCUACGGCAUUGGUAGCGAAUCAGAAUUCGACCUAAGGUUCACCUACCACAACUAUGACCCGUACCGAAGUGUUAUCGAAAUUGCUAUGACUGUGUCGUUCCUGGCCGCCACCACUAACCAACUGCGGUUGCUGAUAAGCUUCCGCGAAGCACAGGACUUCAUCGUCAGUACGAUUCUGGUCACUUUGUCGCUGAUGAUGCAGCUGGUAAUUGCGAUCAUUGUGGUGACAAUUGCGGUGAACGACCAUUUCCAAUGGACCAAGUUGAAAGCGGUUACAGCGAUGGGUGCCAUUCUGCUGACUGUGGUGAACGUUGUGAUUCCUUUUGUCGUCAACUUCGAGCACUCGCAUGUGGAUUUCACCAAAUUAUAUCCACAUUGAUGAUUGUGUGAUCUCCGAGUGAAGAAUUAAUACGGUGAUUCACGUGUAACAUUAAACAUAUUACAAUGCAUUAUAAAAUAACAGAUUUUCAAAGUUACAUCAUAGAUUCAUAAGGUUGUGAAUAAACAAAAAUAAAUUCUAAAUUCCGACUGGUGAGACAACUGGUAUUCAAGGCAAAGUUUUGUGCGUUAGUACAUGACUACAGAAAAGCAACCUUACCAAAAUAUUUUGUAUCAAAAAGCUGUAUUGUAACUUUUUAGAGACCACAAUGAGAUACGGAGAAAUAAUAUUGCUUUAAAUGGUUUUAAGUCCUUGCACAAUGAUCGGAUUUGUCGAAAUUCACGACAUAAUUCAAUAACUUGAAAACCACCAGCGCCAGAUUUUUGACGUCUUCAUAAAAAAUUAUCUACGAAAAUCCAUUUUUGAUCAACCGUCUAAGACGAGUUACGUAUUUCGACCACACAGUAUCUGCAUAGAUAUCGAAAUAAUUGAUGGAAUUAAAUGGAGCUUACUUAACUCGUCUUAGACGGUUGAAUACAUUCCACUAAAAAGAGCUUUAAACCAUUUUUGAUGUAAGAUGCCAUUAAGAUGACCCUUUGUGCCAAAUUUUGUAAAAUGUAUUAGUUUAAUGUUUUGAGUUUAGGGAUCAAACUAUUUCACAAAGUUGUAGAAAAUUUAAUUCUAGGCAUUUUGCUUUAAAAAAAACAAUCUAUGACAGAAUUAUUAAAUUAUGAUAGGGUGGUCCCGAAACGGUUUUAGCUUAUUUUAAAAAACUAUCUUAGCAUCGCUUUACGGUCUUUGGCUACCGCAUCUUUUGGUUGAUAGCUUCAUUUUCCAGCAUGUAAAAAUGAUAUUUUUCUGAGAAUUCCAGAAUUCGAGGAAACCAGUUA